GAAUCGGUUCGGCGCGACUUCAGUGUACCGAAUUCUGAGUUUUCGACCAUUUUUACACGAACAUCGGUUUGAAAAGUAUAAUUUUUAUAUAUAUUCAAAUUAUCAGUUUGACUUCGUGCGUUAACUUUGUGAAUAGUUUUAAUUCGUUUUUAUAUUUUUACUUAUAUUUACAUCGUGUAACGUGCGGUAGCGGCUCGUCGCUGAACGCGCGAUUGUAUAGUGAGGAAAAUCACGAGGACUAUUAUUUUUCUACCCUAUAAUUGAUAUUUAUUUAAUUUCAAUCAGCAUUCACAAGAAACCGAUUGCUGUAUGAGUAAAGGCCGCGGUAAUGCGGUGUCUGGCAGCCGGAUAUGAGGAACGGCGACGGCGGCGGUGGCGUUGUUGCGGUGGCGUCCAGGUAUCGGUGGCGGUUCACGUUGACGCUGAUGGUGUGCGUGAUGGCUGUGGCCGGAGUAGAAAGCUGUGGCCCGUUGCGCGGUCCGUCGAAGUUCCGGAAUCCGCGCAAGAUGAAGCCGCUGGUGUUCCAGCAACACGAACCCAACGUCAGCGAAUUCUCGAUCACCGCCAGCGGACCAGCGGAAGGACGGGUCCAGCGCAACGACUCCAGGUUCAUGGAGCUGGUGCCCAACUACAACGCGGACAUCGAGUUCAAAGACGACGAGGGCACCGGUGCUGACCGACUAAUGACCCAGAGGUGUAAGGAGAAACUCAACACGUUGGCCAUCAGCGUGAUGAACUUGUGGCCGAACGUCCGGCUGCGGGUGAUCGACGGAUGGGUGGACCGGGCCGGUAGCAGCUUGCACAACGAGGGCCGAGCGGUGGACAUCACCACGUCAGACAGGGACAAGGCCAAGUACGGCAUGUUGGCUCGGCUGGCGGUAGAAGCCGGAUUCGAUUGGGUCAAUUACAACCGUCGGUACAUACACUGCUCUUGCAAAUCAGAGACGAAAAUCAACACGAGGACCAUGGGUUGUUUCCCGGGCGACAGUGUGGUGACCACGAGCGGGGGCGAGAAGAAGCUGAUGAAGGACCUGCGGGUCGGCGAAUCGGUGCUGGCGUUGUCCGACGACGGGCUACUCGUACCCAGCAAGGUGUUGCUGUUCCUAGACCGGAGCGAGAAGGCGCGCACCGAGUACGUGACGCUGGUGACAGACACGGGCAAGUCGAUCACGGCAACGCCCACGCACCUGGUGCUCCGGUGGGAGAGGUCGGACCGGUCGCAGAUCCGGCACGCCAACCCGGUUUUCGCGAAACGGGUGCGCGUCAACGACACGCUGCUGACGGUGGACGGCGCCGGGGACGCGCUUCGGCUGCGCACGGAGCGCGUGGUCCGAAUCCAGCGCACCGAGCAGUUCGGCUUGUACGCGCCGCUCACGGUCGACGGCACCGUGGUCGUGGACGACGUGAUCGCGUCCUGUUACGCCGUGAUCGACAGCCAGUGGCUGGCGCACCUGGCGUUCCUGCCGACCCGUGCCCUGGACGCCGCCCGCACGUCCCUGUACGGCCUGGUCUGGCGGCUGGGCCAUCCGCUACGCGAUUCGUCACCGGCGUCCGCGGUCGCCGCUGCCACCGCUUACCCCGACCAACCAGCCGACGGCAUACACUGGUACCCGCGGAUGCUGUACGCCAUAUCCGACUACGUGAUACCGGCCGGUUGGAUGGACACGCACUGAACCGCAUGAAUACUUUAUCGUUUUAACCAUAACACCCAUAACAUAUGCGUACUGCAAUAUAUUAUUAUGUUAUUGCAUUCAUUAUCACUGUAUUAUUAUUAAUAUUAUUGUCGUACCGUGCGCAUGUGGUAAUUGGGAGGGGGACGCGUGGUUUAACCGUUUUUUUAUUUUUCGUUUGCAACACCCGACACGAUACGGAUGUACAAUUACAGUACGUGUGCAAUAAUUGUACAUUGUUAAAACCCUCGUGUUCCGGCGCAUUCCGGCGCCCCGCGUCUUAUCAUUCCCCGAAAGGAACUUUAUGAAUUUUAAUGCCAAAAAUUAUUGUUUUUUUCCGUCUACCUAUUCACUUUUGUAUAUACUGUAUAGAUUUUUGUACUUCGUGCGUAAUCAAUCGACGAAGCUUUCUCGUACACCUCGCGGGAGACACGGUUUUUAGGUACCAGUUUUUAUAGAAAUAUAUUUUCAUGAUCGUAUACAUUAUGUACAUCCAUAUCAUCCAAUGCACCGAUACCGAUUUAUCGUCAUCACGUUAUUUCGUUUAGUGUCGAGCGAAUCACACACCUCGGUUUUUACUCCUUUUUGUUUUGUUUUAGUACUUUCUUUUAAUUUUCUUAAAUGCUGAAUCCGCUCGGGAACCCUUUAGUGACGAUGAACCCGGUUUACCUUUUAUAAAUGAUGGUACCCAUACCAUACUGCUGUAGUUUAAACGGACAUGUUGUUAUUUAUAUUAUACAUUAUAUGUAUACGUGUAAAUUGUUUUGUACCAUAUGACUAUUUAUUUUUUGUGCACUCGUAUAAUCGUAGGUUUGUAGAUAAUAUAAUUUUAUGUAAACAUCUUUGCCUAUAUAGACAAAUAAAACAUGAACUACAUACUGAAA